AUGGAGGGCAAUCACAGUGACCCUGCUGGAAGCUCACAGCCAUCUGCUUUAGGAGACAACCCAGACGGACACAUAUACGAGGUCUCUGUGCAGAACAGCUCCUCCAACCGCAGCUCCCAGUUUGCAGAUGUGGCUCUCCUGCAGACGUUCAAGCCCCUCAUCAUCCCCUGCUAUGUUCUCGUGGUGGUGGUGGGCGUCUUUGGGAAUUACCUACUCCUGUACGUCAUCUGUCGCACACGCAAGAUGCACAACGUGACCAACUUCUUCAUCGGGAACCUGGCCUUCUCUGACAUGCUCAUGUGUGUCACCUGUGUGCCGUUCACGCUCGCCUACGCCUUCAACCCACGUGGGUGGGUGUUUGGCCGCUCCAUGUGCUACCUGGUGUUCCUGAUUCAGCCAGUGACCGUCUACGUUUCAGUGUUCACACUCACUGCUAUUGCUGUGGACAGGUAUUAUGCAACUGUUCAUCCCCUAAAGAAGCGUACCUCUGUAGCUACCUGUGUCUCCGUUCUCACCAGCAUCUGGCUGCUGUCCUGUGGGCUCGUUGCCCCGGCCAUCACCCACACCUACCAUGUGGAGUUCAAAGACGAAGGCUUCACCAUCUGUGAGGAGUUCUGGUUGGGUCAAGAGAAAGAAAGACGUGCUUAUGCAUACAGCACCCUGCUAGUCACCUACGUCCUGCCCCUGUCUGCCGUCUUUGUCUCAUAUCUCUGUAUCACAGUCAAAUUAAAGAAGUGUGUCGCACCAGGUAACAGGACACAAGACAAAGCCAGCAUUCAGCAGGCUCGGAAGAGGAAAAUCUUCCGCCUCGUUGCACUCUUAGUGUCUGCCUUCGCCGCUUGUUGGCUUCCUAUCCAUGUGUUCAAUGUGCUACGAGAUAUAGACAUUCAUCUCAUCAACAAGCGCUACUUUCUGCUCAUCCAGCUGCUGUGCCACCUGUGCGCCAUGAGCUCCUCUUGUUGUAACCCUUUCCUCUACGCGUGGUUACAUGACCGCUUUCGUUCAGAAUUACGGAAGAUGUUCAAGUGCCACCAUCGCAUAGGAGUCCCUGCAAAUCACUGCGCUGCCACUGUGGUGCUGUAA